AAGCUUUCACCAUGUUAGCUUCUGUGACUUUAGUGUUUUUGGUUAUUUUGCUCUUGUUCCUCUGCCACACCCCGAGGCCAAAAAACUUUCCUCCGGGACCUCGACCCAUUCCCAUCUUUGGCUCCUUUGUGCGACUCAAUUUGGAGCGCCCAAUUGAAGAUCUGGAGAGGCUGGCCAAGCAGUAUGGCAACAUCUUCAGCAUGUACAUUGGUUCCAGACCCGGUGUCGUGCUAAAUGGGACCAAGGUCAUAAAAGAAGCUCUAAUCACCAAAGCUGCUGACUGCUCCGACAGGACACUAGACCUAUUGUACAAGCAGAUACUUCAAGUUAAACCUCACGCCUCGGCAGUGCUUCAAAGUGAUUUUAAUUCUAGCUGGAAAGAGCAACGACGUUUUGGUCUCAUGGUCUUGCGAAACUUGGGUCUGGGGAAGCAGGCCAUGGAGCAGAGGAUUCUGAGAGAGACAAGUCUCAUCAUCAAAGAACUGGAGAAGAGUAUUGGUAAGGCCACGUAUCAUAGCAAAGUGUUCCACAAUGCAGCCUGCAGCAUCAUGAGCCAAGUUCUGUUUGGUAUCCAGCACUCUCACGAUGAUCCAUUCGCAAAGCAUUACAUUGAGCUUUUCGCACAGCUUUCAAAAAUUAUCAACGGCCCCUGGGGAAUGAUUUAUGACUCUGUUCCAUGGGUGCGCCACCUGCCGCUGCCCUUCCAAAGGGCUUUCAAGUCUAUCAGGGAAUCUCAUAAAAUGUAUGAAAAGCUGAUUGCCGAGAGUGAAAAGACAAGAGUCCAUGGUAAGCCACGCCAUUUCAUCGACUGCUACCUGGAUGAACUGGAUAAGAGAGGAAAUGACGGCUCAUCAUUUUCCAAAGAUCAGCUCUGUGCUAUGCUUAUGGAUCUUCACUUUGCUGGGACUGACACCACGUCCAACACGCUCCUCUUUGCUCUGCUCUACCUCAUGAACCAUCCAGAGAUACAGGAGCGCUGUCAGCAGGAAAUAGACAUGGUCCUAGAAGGGAGAGAUCAAGUCACUUAUGAGGACAGACACAAGAUGCCUUACACACAGGCUGUGAUUCAUGAGGUCCAGAGAAUUGCCAACAUUGCACCCCUCAGUGUUGUCCGCCGCAUCCGUAAUGACAUGGAGCUCAUGGGCUACUCCAUACCCAAGGGAACUUUAAUCAUUGUAAACCUGUCCUCUGUGCUGUUUGAAGAAGGCCAGUGGAAAUCCACUCAUGAAUUCAACCCUGAAAACUUUCUCAAUGAAAAAGGAGAGUUUUUCAAACCAGAAGCCUUCAUGCCUUUUUCUAUUGGUCCUCGAAUCUGUAUGGGAGAGCCUAUGGCUCGUUUGGAAAUGUUCCUCAUCUUGGUGACAGUACUGAGGAAGUUCCAGUUCAUCUGGCCCGAGGACGCAGGACAACCAAACUAUAUUCCAACUUUUGGCACAAUUCAGGCGCCCAAACCCUUUUCCAUGGUGGUCCAGUUGAGAAAUAAAUCCUGAAUGAGUCCUGUGCUCCCAGAUCUCAGUACCAAAUGAACAGUGAUGCACAAUUUGCUAUUACCUCAUUGAACAAAUCAUGCUGCCUUUCAAAGUGAAUGAAUUUCUAAGGUGUGACACCAUGAAUGAUUGACACCGCAUGAUUAAUAAAAACAUUCCAUAUUUGAGCUGCUCAAUCAUAAAUUAAAAUUGAGAUAGUUUAAUACGUACUCAUUAAUGUUUGUUCUAUUCAUGUUUUGUUAUUUUUAAGACACAGUCUUUUAGCACACAUUAUAUUGUCCUCACUUAACAUUCAUCCUAGAACCUUGAUAGCUUUGAUUGUGAUCCUGGUCUAACUUUUGACCAUCAGUGUUGACUUUUUAAUCCUGAUUUUUCAUCUCUGAUGUGGAUCACUGAUCCCUCAUUGGGAUUAGUGACCUUUGGUACUGACCUGAUUGCUGGUCUUUGACAUUGUUAUUAUUGAUGUUUAUCCUGACCACUGACCUUUGAUCCUCACUGUAUGAUCAAAGUAAAAAUGUGGAUCCUCUCCACAGUAGACCCAUAGAUUCUUCCUGGGUCCAUGCCCCACUUUCCAUCAAAAU